AUUUUGGUUACUGGUAGCUUGCUGCUUGUUGAGGUUUCACUGCACGCAUUGGUUAGCUAGGCAUCGGUUUUUUUGUGUAAUGCAGUUGCUGAAUGCACGAAAUUGCCUUGUUUGUGCUCACGUUGGUACUCAAUUUAAUCUCAUUUUCCUGGUUGUUGAUAGAGAAGCAAAUAAUAAUAAGACCGAAACAGAUUCUAGGCAUUGCGUUCUAUCCAUAUAUGCAAUGCAACAUAGUAACAUACCAAUUGAUCUUCGUUAAACUAGUACCAACUGCAGGCCAGAUUGUUGGUGUCCUUUAACAAAAGAAUUUAGCUACAGAGAGCAAAUUGCUCCUGAAAUUACUGCCAGUAUAACACUAGUUGUUGGCGACAAGGGUAGACCAAUCUUAAACAUUCAUGCCAUCACGUGACUAAGGAUAGGCCAACUCCAGAUACUGUUGUGAGGGUAAAGUGAAAUAUUCUAUCUAGGGAGAGAGAUUAAAACUAUUAGCUUGAGAAACUCCAGAAAAAAAACUUGGCCGGGGAGGGAAGGACCGCCCUCCCGGUAUUAUAUUAAAAAGAGACAGAAAUAUGGCCCCGGACGAGAAAAUCUCAAAAUCUCUGAACCCUGACCACCAUCACUAGCGGGCCAUCACCUCUCACUCUACAACGGCCCGGCCGGAGGGUGACACAUAUGACGUAACCCGGGAGCGGGCGGGGCACAACGAGAGGAUUUUUUAAAACAAGUCCGAACUUCGCCCUCGAGGGGGAUCGAACUCGGGACCUGGAGGUGCUAAUCGGAAGCCUUAACCAUUACGCUAGACGCCCUUUCGCGAACCACUGUUUUCAAGUCAUCCGACUAAUCGCGAUUAGUCGGGCAGGUCGCCUGGUAGUGGCCGAUCAACCGGACGACUCGACUAGAGUAUCAAGUCGUCCAGGUCGUCCGACUAGUCGUCGAUUAGGGGUGAUUAGUCAUCCGACUAGAUGGUAAAUCGACCAGGAUUUGUCCAAGCUGCUAGGGUUUUCUAGUGGGCCACUGGGCUUCUAUUUUUAGGCCCAUCUACAGUAGUAUAAAGGCAAUGCGCCACCACCCCUUGUCAUCCCUUGAAACUUUUCCUCUCCUCUGCCAAGUCCAGAACACAGGCUGCGGCUCUAGAACACCAGCAGCAGCUCCAGAACACCGGCGGUGUCUCCAAAACACUAGCGACGAGAUGAGCUCCUCAUCUCAAGGUGUCAAAUGAUCAACUGUGGGCUUCUAAUGGUUAUGGUUAUCAUGCUUGUGUUACACCAACCUCUAGAUAUAAGGUUCAAGGCAAGUCAGACAGCUACAUGACUGUUAGAAGUAAUGGAGGACUCAACCAAAUGCGCACUGGAAUCUGUGAUAUGGUUGCAGUUGCCCGUUUGGUGAAUGCAACACUUGUUAUCCCUCAGUUAGAUAAGCGAUCCUUCUGGCAAGAUACCAGUACAUUUAAAGACAUAUUUGAUGAGCCUCAUUUUAUUAAGGCUUUGGAAGGAGAUGUCCACAUUGUGAGUGACUUGCCUGGAAGUUUGCAAUCUGCUCCAAGAGCCCGGAAACAUUUCACCUCAUGGUCCGGUGCAAGUUAUUAUGAGGAAGUGAAAGAGCUCUGGAAGAAUCAGAAGGUAGUUCACAUCCCAAAAUCUGAUUCGCGUCUUGCUAACAACGGUCUUCCAAUUGAUAUCCAGAGAUUGAGAUGCCGCUGUCUUUACCAAGCACUGCGUUUUUCGGAUCUGAUUGAGGACCUUGGAAAGAAGCUAGUAGAGCGUCUAAGAUCUCAUGGAAAAUAUAUUGCUCUUCAUCUACGAUAUGAGAAGGAUAUGCUAGCAUUUACGGGAUGCACUUACGGUCUGAGUGAUUUGGAAGCAAAUGAGUUGAGAAUUAUGAGAGAGAGAACAAGCCACUGGAAACUGAAGGAUAUAAACUCAACUGAACAGAGAUAUGAAGGCAACUGUCCACUGACACCAAAUGAGGUGGGCAUUUUUCUGCGUGCUAUGGGCUAUCCUGAAUCCACGUGGAUAUACCUUGCAGCAGGUGAAAUUUAUGGUGGUGAAAAGUAUAUAUCAAAAUUGAGAUCAUACUUCCCAAAUUUGGUUAGCAAGGACAUGCUAGCAACAGAAGAAGAGCUUGCGAAAUUCAGUAAUCAUGCUUCUCAAGUUGCUGCCCUUGAUUACAUAAUCGCAGUUGAAAGUGAUGUGUUUAUUCCAUCACACUCUGGCAAUAUGGCAAAAGCUGUAGAAGGCCAUCGUCGAUUUCUAGGGCAUCGUAAAACUAUCACUCCUGACAGGAAAGGAUUGGUGGAACUCUUUGAUUUACUGGAAAAAGGGGAUCUCACGGAAGGUCCUAAGCUGUCGGCACUUGUUACUGACAUGCACAAGUACAGACAAGGGACUCCAAGGAAGAGGUAUGGCUCCUUGCCAGGAAGCAAGGGCAGAGCACGGCUUAGGACUGAGGAAUCUUUUUACGAGAACCCGUUUCCUGAGUGCAUCUGUUUGACUGGGAGGUCCUGAUGUAUAGCUUUGCAUGAUGAUGACACGGUGCACCCAUCAUUGGAGGUGUGCUAGUGCUUCAGUCUGGCCAUUGGAGCUCUACCGGUACUUUGUGAUGAAAAAAGCUGAUCUGGUACUCAAGGACACAAGUUAGUGAAGGACGUCUUCCUUCUCGUGAUCAACAUGCAAUGCAAUGACCUUGUUGGACCAGAUGGAGGGCUGGGGCCACUGCAACCAAGAAACCGUACAUGAACUGUUUUGUCCCCCGCAAACUCGAGAGAUUUGGCAUGUUUGCCAUUAGUAACGAAAGUUUCGAGGUAUAUAUGCGUUGGCAAGCAUCUGUACCCUUCGAGGCAACAUCAGGGGGAAAAAAAAUAUAGUAAAAGCAUUUAGCCUUAGCGAGCAGGUUUACACAAGCUGUUGAACUGCUGCUGCAGCUUUGUAACCUUACAGAGUUAGAGUGGUCAUCAGAAGCGAUGCUCACUUGUCCUCUCUCCGUAUUACCGUCUCCCAUGUCCUCUAAUCAUAUCAACAAGAGCCAGGCGCUGUAAAAAAAAAGUAGUAGUAGGAAUUGGAACCCUACACGACUCGAAAUGAUUGUGCUAUCUGUUUGAGGUCUUUGUAAUGCCUCUUCCACUGCAGACCUGCAAAAGAUUCCCAGCUAUUUAUUGUAUUAUUCAGGAUAAUAAUAAAAAAAAGAGUUGGCUUGCA